CGGAAUUCCUGGUGUGAAUGUUUUACAAGCAGUGUUUAGUACAUGUCUCAGGUUAAGUGAGAAAGACCAGGGCUGUUCAGGGUGUUACAGAAAAAAUAAAAACUCUCCACCCUGGGGACAAUGGCUGAGUACCGACGACUCUGGGAAGACCCUAUAGGGACUGUCAACGUCCCUCUGUACAAUCGCAUGAACUUCUCAACUGUGCCAAGGAAAUCUGUCAACAAAAAGUCAUGGUUGUAUGCACCAGAAAACCACACAACGCGAGAAGGAGAACCCAGGUACUUGGUCCAUCAGACCUAUGCUGCUACGUUCCCCACCACUAGAAUGGAGGAUGUGCCUGACUGCUUCCACUCGAUGAACCAUGCUGAGAGGAUGAUGAAGAAAAUGGAGGGCUACGUUUCUAAGCGACAACUGUGUGAUGUUGUUUUGUUAGUUGGAAACAAACGUAUUCCGGCACACAGACUUGUUCUCAGUGCAGCGUCCGAUUACUUUGCUGCCAUGUUUACCAACGAUGUAAGGGAAGCAACUAUGGAAGAAAUAAAAAUCAACGAUGUCGACCCAGAUGCCAUGGUAGCCAUUGUGAACUAUUCCUACACAGGUAACAUAUCACUCCAGGAGGAUACAGUAGAGAAUCUGCUGUCAACGUCUUGUUUACUCCAGCUGUCAGAGGUUGUGGAGGCCUGCUGUAACUUCCUCAUGAAACAACUCCACCCUUCCAACUGUAUUGGGAUCCGACAAUUCGCUGAUGCUCAGGGUUGUACAGAUCUCUAUAAAGUUGCCAACAACUAUGUCAUGGACAACUUUGUGCAUGUAAUGCAGAACCAAGAAUUUCUGAUCCUACCAGCGGAGGAAGUUUGUCGUCUAUUGUCUAAUGAUGACUUAAAUGUUCCUGAUGAGGAGACCAUCUUCCAGGCGCUCAUUAUGUGGGCGAAACACGACAUGGCCAAUAGGAAGAAAGUUCUCUCCAAACUCCUGUCUCACAUACGUCUUCCUUUAAUGUCUCCCCAGUUUAUUGCUGACCACGUGGAGACGAAUGCCUUAUUCCGCGAGGACAAAGAGUGUCAAUUUCUAAUUAUGGAGGCACUCAAGUAUCACCUCCUCCCUGAGAGACGCUCAUCAUUCCAAAGUCCUCGCACCAAACCCAGGAAAUCCACCGUGGGUGUCCUCUACGCUGUGGGCGGGAUGGACUGUACAAAAGGUGCAACAACUAUUGAAAAGUAUGACCUUCGGACCAACAACUGGACACAAGUAGCCAACAUGAGUGGGCGUCGCCUCCAGUUUGGCGUGGCUGUAAUUGAAGAUAAGCUGUACAUUGUUGGAGGACGGGAUGGCCUUAAGACCCUUAACACUGUUGAAUGUUAUGAUACAAAGAAAAAGUCCUGGAGUCUCAUGCCCCCUAUGUCAACACAUAGACAUGGUUUAGGUGUUGGAGUAUUGGAGGGACCAAUGUAUGCCGUGGGGGGACAUGACGGCUGGUCCUAUCUUAACACAGUUGAGCGUUGGGAUCCCCAGGCAAGGCAGUGGAGUUAUGUUGCCCCCAUGUCUACGUCUCGAAGUACUGUAGGGGUGGCUGUCCUCAUGGGCAAAUUGUACGCGGUGGGAGGUAGGGACGGAAGCUCAUGUCUCAAGACGGUGGAGUGUUUUGAUCCUCACACCAACAAAUGGCUGCAUUGUACGCCGAUGUCCAAACGGCGGGGCGGUGUAGGAGUCACAACAGGAGGGGGAUUCCUGUAUGCUGUAGGGGGUCACGAGGCACCAGCCACCAAUCCGACCUGCUGCCGAUUUGAGUGUGCAGAAAGGUAUGACCCCAAAACUGACCAAUGGACAAUGAUCGCCACCAUCAGCUCGCCACGCGACGCAGUUGGUGUGUGUGUACUAGGAGACAAAAUCUUCGCCGUGGGAGGUUACGACGGUCAGCAGUACCUCCAGGAUGUGGAAUGUUAUGACUCAGCCAGCAAUGAAUGGUCUAAGAUGGCUGGUCUCUGUACCGGUCGAGCCGGAGCAUGUGUCGUACACGUCAGCAACAGUUGACAUAAAAGAAAAUGGUCACUCUCUCUCCUCAAGAAGUGGCCAUCAGGAUUUUUCCACAGAAGGCGGCGGAAGUCUAGUGGUCAGGGAUCACCAUAGCUUUUAAUUAACAAAAGUAAAACAAAUAAAAAAACUGCUGGUCACUUGAAUGUGUACCUCACUACAUAAUGACCAAUGGUCAAGCUUAAGCCUUACACCUAUGUGAUUGUACAGACCUGUUUUUGACUCCGUUGUACUGAGGCAGGUACUAGAUCCAGCCAGACCUUACUCAACAUAAAUUAUAAUGCUGAUUGUCUGUAAAGACAACUACUGGACCACGUCUUACCGGUCAUCUGUAGUGCCAAGCACGGAACAGAUGGUAUAUUGCUGCAGUCUUUCAACUAAAGGAAAUUCUUACAUGUGUUGCCAAGCGAUGAAAAAAGUGAUUUUUUUUUUUAAAAAGUUGUGAAUUAUGAGUUUCAUUUGUGUAUUAUUCAAAGUACAAUGGAGGGAUAUAUGUCUGAGCUGAGAAGGACAUCUGACCACACCAGAAAUUGGACUGGGAAUUGUGUCUUGUGUCCAGAACGGUCAACUUCAUGGGUUUUAUGUACCAUUCCAGUUUGUGUUUCACAUACUAUAUAUUUUUGUGUCGUACAUUUUUUUUCUAUUUUUAGCCCGACGUGCAAUGUUGAUAUGAUCAUAACAUAAAAUCCCGAACUAUGUAUCUCAAAAGAUCAUCCCAUGUCUUUAUAUCACAAAGAAUCCAUUACAUUACAAAGGAUAGAUUGCCAGGGUUAUUUUAAGUCAAACAAAGGGACGUAACUCUACAGAUGAGUUCCUGCCUGGAGUUUUCUGUAACUAAGUUCCCAGCCUAAUGCAUUGUCUAAGAUAUGGUUGAGUGAUUAUCUCAGAAAUCAGAAAGAAAUCAUGAUCUUAUUAUACAUGUUAUUUUGUGACAAAACAUUGAUUCAGUGAAAUGGCAAAAUCUAACAACAAUUUUCAUGAUUUUGUAGUGUAGUGUAUAUCUAGAUAUUUGUAUUUUAUGUUGUGUGCAUGCUAUAGAAUGUAUUUCAACAGAAAGGUUGAUUAUGUGACAACCAUAGCCAUCAAUUUGAUAGCUCUAGAACAUAAGAGGUUGUGAGGAGGGCACAGGAUGCAGUGUUGACUGUAGUAUUUGACAGUAAUGGAUGUAAUGAAUUUUUCUGAGCUUCAAAUUCCAAACAACCCCAACCGACAAUGUGCCAUUCUCCUUUCUAAAAAGAGUGCCUUAGAACAAAUCAUAACUGUUAUUGACAUAUAUUUUCUUAUUGUGAUAAUAUUUUAAAGACAGUGGUACAGUUUUGUAGAAAUGACACAAUAACCCAAAGUGAAUCAGAUUAUUGAACCGACACACCAUAUUCUGUGGAGAUGAUGAUUAAACCUACACACCAUAUUCUGUGGAACAGGUGAUUGAACCUACACACCAUAUUCUGACAUGUGGAGCUGGUGCAUGUUAACCAUGCAUAGUGUAGUAGGUGACAUUGCUUUUCAUGUUCCUCAAGUACACAACACUACAAUCCAUGAAGUACACAACACUACAACAGGCUACUGUAUAUAUACACUCCCUAAGACUUUAUAUAACCCUACAACAGGCUACUGUAUAUAUACACACCCAAGACUUUAUAUAACCCUACAACAGGCUACUGUACACUCCCAAGACUUUAUAUAACCCUACAGCAGGCUACUGUACACUCCCAAGACUUUAUAUAACCCUACAGCAGGCUACUGUACACUCCCAAGACUUUAUAUAACCCUACAACAGGCUACUGUACACUCCCAAGACUUUAUAUAACCCUACAGCAGGCUACUGUACAAUCCCCAAGACUUUAUAUAACCCUACAACAGGCUACUGUACACUCCCCAAGACUUUAUAUAACCCUAUAACAGGCUACUGUACACUCACAAGACUUUAUAUAACCCUACAGCAGGCUACUGUACAAUCCCCAAGACUUUAUAUAACCCUACAGCAGGCUACUGUACACUCCCAAGACUUUAUAUAACCCUACAACAGGCUACUGUACACUCCCAAGACUUUAUAUAACCCUACAACAGGCUACUGUACACUCCCAAGACUUUAUAUAAACCUACAGCAGGCUACUGUACACUCCCAAGACUUUAUAUAACCCUACAGCAGGCUACUGUACACUCCCAAGACUUUAUAUAACCCUACAGCAGGCUACUGUACAAUCCCCAAGACUUUAUAUAACCCUACAGCAGGCUACUGUACACUCCCAAGACUUUAUAUAACCCUACAACAGGCUACUGUACACUCCCAAGACUUUAUAUAACCCUACAGCAGGCUGCUGUACACUCCCAAGACUUUAUAUAACCCUACAGCAGGCUGCUGUACACUCCCAAGACUUUAUAUAACCCUACAGCAGGCUACUGUACACUCCCAAGACUUUAUAUAACUCUACAGCAGGCUACUGUACACUCCCAAGACUUUAUAUAACCCUACAACAGGCUACUGUACACUCCCAAGACUUUAUAUAACCCUACAGCAGGCUACUGUACACUCCCAAGACUUUAUAUAACCCUACAGCAGGCUGCUGUACACUCCCAAGACUUUAUAUAACCCUACAGCAGGCUGCUGUACACUCCCAAGACUUUAUAUAACCCUACAGCAGGCUACUGUACACUCCCAAGACUUUAUAUAACCCUACAGCAGGCUACUGUACACUCCCAAGACUUUAUAUAACCCUACAGCAGGCUGCUGUACACUCCCAAGACUUUAUAUAACCCUACAGCAGGCUGCUGUACACUCCCAAGACUUUAUAUAACCCUACAACAGGCUAUUGUACACUCCCAAGACUUUAUAUAACCCUACAGCAGGCUACUGUACACUCCCAAGACUUUAUAUAACCCUACAACAGGCUACUGUACACUCCCAAGACUUUAUAUAACCCUAUAACAGGCUACUGUACACUCCCAAGACUUUAUAUAACCCUACAGCAGGCUACUGUACACUCCCAAGACUUUAUAUAACCCUACAACAGGCUACUGUACACUCCCAAGACUUUAUAUAACCCUACAGCAGGCUACUGUACACUCCCAAGACUUUAUAUAACCCUAUAACAGGCUACUGUACACUCCCAAGACUUUAUAUAACUCUACAACAGGCUACUGUACACUCCCAAGACUUUAUAUAACCCUACAGCAGGCUACUGUACACUCCCAAGACUUUAUAUAACCCUACAGCAGGCUACUGUACACUCCCAAGACUUUAUAUAACCCUACAGCAGGCUACUGUACACUCCCAAGACUUUAUAUAACCCUACAACAGGCUACUGUACACUCCCCAAGACUUUAUAUAACCCUACAGCAGGCUACUGUACACUCCCAAGACUUUAUAUAACUCUACAGCAGGCUACUGUACACUCACAAGACUUUAUAUAAACCUACAGCAGGCUAUUGUACACUCCCAAGACUUUAUAUAACCCUACAACAGGCUACUGUACACUCCCAAGACUUUAUAUAACCCUACAACAGGCUACUGUACACUCCCAAGACUUUAUAUAACCCUACAACAGGCUACUGUACACUCCCAAGACUUUAUAUAACCCUACAGCAGGCUGCUGUACACUCCCAAGACUUUAUAUAACCCUAUAACAGGCUACUGUACACUCCCAAGACUUUAUAUAACCCUACAGCAGGCUACUGUACACUCCCAAGACUUUAUAUAACCCUACAGCAGGCUACAGUACACUCCCAAGACUUUAUAUAACUCUACAGCAGGCUACUGUACACUCCCAAGACUUUAUAUAACCCUACAGCAGGCUACUGUACACUCCCAAGACUUUAUAUAACCCUACAGCAGGCUGCUGUACACUCCCAAGACUUUAUAUAACCCUAUAACAGGCUACUGUACACUCCCAAGACUUUAUAUAACCCUACAGCAGGCUACUGUACACUCCCAAGACUUUAUAUAACCCUACAGCAGGCUACUGUACACUCCCAAAACUUUAUAUAACCCUACAGCAGGCUACUGUACACUCCCAAGACUUUAUAUAACCCUACAACAGGCUACUGUACACUCCCAAGACUUUAUAUAACCCUACAGCAGGCUACUGUACACUCCCAAGACUUUAUAUAACCCUACAGCAGGCUACUGUACACUCCCAAGACUUUAUAUAACCCUACAGCAGGCUACUGUACACUCCCAAGACUUUAUAUAACCCUACAGCAGGCUACUGUACACUCCCAAGACUUUAUAUAACCCUACAACAGGCUACUGUACACUCCCAAGACUUUAUAUAACCCUACAACAGGCUACUGUACACUCCCAAGACUUUAUAUAACCCUACAACAGGCUACUGUACACUCCCAAGACUUUAUAUAAACCUACAGCAGGCUACUGUACACUCCCAAGACUUUAUAUAACCCUACAGCAGGCUACUGUACACUCCCAAGACUUUAUAUAACCCUACAGCAGGCUACUGUACACUCCCAAGACUGUAUAUAACCCUACAACAGGCUACUGUACACUCCCAAGACUUUAUAUAACCCUACAGCAGGCUACUGUACACUCCCAAGACUUUAUAUAACCCUACAACAGGCUACUGUACACUCCCAAGACUUUAUAUAACCCUACAACAGGCUAGCUAUUGUACACUCCCAAGACUUUAUAUAACCCUACAGCAGGCUACUGUACACUCCCAAGACUUUAUAUAACCCCACAACAGGCUAGCUAUUGUACACUCUGAAUUCAGUGUAAAAGGGUCAUUUGAACAGAUAAAUGUAAAAUUAAACCAAGGCCAUAAAACUAGCUGCUGUACACAGAUGCUGAAAGUUGUGCUUAAUAAAUCAAGUGAUAGAUUUGUUUUUAAUUUCUAAAUUUUUUUAAUUUCUAAAUUUUUAAUGUUAUUGUAUUUAACUGAAAAUGUUAUGUACAUACUAUCUUUGUAACAUAUCGUGUGUUUAUAUCAGUUGUUUUCUCCCUCUUAUCAUCUAGAAAUCAUCUGUUUGAUUUCAAAUUUGGAUAUCAAACCCAAAGGGCAUACAUGUACAGUGUAUUGUACACGACUGUGUUUACAUUGACACUCUAAAAAUAGGCAUUAUUUUACAUGUACAGGUGGUCUCCUUAACAGAUACAGCCUCCAAUACCUAUCUCUAAAUGGUUACUAACUAAAGUAUCUUUUAUUGUCUUUUUCAAUUUUAACUAGGUUUUUAAUCAUAGAACGAAUUAUUUUAGAAAAUUGAUCAUCAUUUUGAACAAUAAAUAUAUGAUAAAAAAACCAUAUGAUUUAACAUUUAGAAAAUCUUAAUGUUACUGCACUUUUAAAUUUAAAUGACUUGAAAAUUUAUGAUAUUUGUUGUCUUGUAGUAUUCCAAAUUGUAGUUAAGUGAGUGUGUAAAUGUUUUUUAUGGGAUUUUAGUAGUGUAUUUAAUUUAUAAUCAGCAGAUAUUGAGUGUUUAUUGAUGUACCUUGUUUGAUAUUGAGUUACUUUGUUUUAUUAUAAGGUAUAUGUAAUGUUUUAUUAUAAUUAAGGUAUAUGUAAUUAAGCCUGAAAGGCUUUUUUCUUCAAUUCCAUUCUUCAUUUGAGGGAAAUUCCCGCAACCAAAUUCAUUCUACCCCAUCCAUGAAUUUCAACAGUCCAAUAGAUUGGACAGCAAGUUAUGGCUAUACCAUCCUCCAUUAAAACUAUUCCUGACCCCCAUCGGCUACCAAGUUACGGUUAUAUCGACAAAGUGAAAUAAAGGGAAGCAACUCUGAUAGCACAGAAUGCUUUAAGUGUAUUCUUGGGCUGAUAAAUCCUGAUAAAUUGUGUGCCCUAUCUCAGUGAUUUAUUGUGCUAGCUGUUAUUUGAUAAUACUUAUCAUCUUAAACUUGAUAAGGAAGAAAAGGCUGUUCCUAAUUUGUCUGACCGAGUAUGAUGUUAUAAUCUUAUACCUUGAAGGUAACAUGAAUACAGAUGUUGUAUACAUGUACAUGUAUUUUAUCUAUGCUUAAAGUUUUGUCGACAAAAAGCAAAAUAAGAUGUGCAUUUCUCGAUUAACAAUCAAUCUGAUAUCUGUGCAUCUUUGCGUUAGAUCAUGGAAAGAAGGUCCAACUUUUCAACCCAUACUUGUCAAGAUAUUUUAAAAGAAUAGAUUGAGUCAUUGUUAAAACUACAAUUGAUUUCAAUACCUUUAAUAUUGUGUUUUAGUCACCACAAAUGUCCAUAUAAUUUGAUUCAUUGCUCUGUUCUCUAAAACCUAAAAUUUAUCUAUAAACUUGAAUACAUGUAUAUGGAUUCAUGUAAUUAAGUGUACAAUAGAAUUUGAAGUUGAUAUUGGGCAGAAUUAAGAAGAUUUCAAAAGCAAAAUCUGAUUGGUCAGUUUAUAUUGGACAAAAUUUCAUUAGAAGAAUCUGAUUGCACAGUCUAUAUGGUACAGUUGUGAUGAUUUCAUUGAAAGAAUCUGAUUGGUCAGUCUUUAAUUAUAUGUCAUGUACAAAGUAGAUCAUAGGUUGGUCUUAGAUUAGUAACCUUUUCAUUGAUUUUAUUUUAGUGUUUAGAAAAUAUUGAUAUCAUAAAAAUUAUCCCUUGGUCAAUGACAGUACCUCAGUUCCUUUUUAACCAUUCCAAGUACCCUGUAUAGUUUAUAAAACUGCCCUAGUAGAUCGUCUGUCCAUAGUCACUAGUUAGCUGAUUAUCUGUAUUCACAUUGUCUAACGUCUCACGGUCUGUCCCUCCUCGUUUCUCACCUAAUCCUAUAAGACUUCAAAGGUUCAUAUCGUGAUUUUUCACGAUUAUUGUCAGAUAUUUACGUUUUCGUUUCGAGGUUCGACAAAUAGCAAAAAUGUAAAUAUCAGAUAAUAGAUGUAAAAAUCACAGUAUGAACUUCAAAGUCUUAUAUUAUAGGACUAUUUCUCACCUAUCAAGUGUGAACAUCACAUUACCUUCAUACCAAGCAAAGGUUAAUUUGCACUUGACUAAUAUACUUGACAAGUCAUUCUUAUUCAGUAAAUUCUGCAUUGAAAAAUUCCUCUACAACCUUACAGCAUGCAUAUAUACAAUACAAUGUAUAUAUCCAGAUAUCUUUAAUCUUUUUCUCCAAAAUUUUUUCUGCAUAAUUAAAUUUUUACUUAAUAUUUCUUGACUCUUCAAACAAUUUAUUUUCAACAUGAACAUACAAUGUAUAUUCAGAGGAAAUGGAUGAUAUUUGUUGCUUAUGAUUAAUGGAAAAUAUCACUUUGGUUUGGAAAACUAUAAAGGUACAUAGCAUCCAAAUUAUUCUACAUGAAAACUUUGUUGUUAGAAAAAUUAAAAAAAAAAACAUUUUAUCUAUCUGUACACUGAAAAUAAUUUAUUGAAGAAGUUCCGAGAAUAAAGUUACAUUGACUAGAGUCUACAUUACCAAAACAGUCAUUUAUUUUCAUAUAUAUCAUCAUUAAUUCACUAUUUUAUUUAUUGUUCACUAGCAUCCAUUUUAUUUCAGCACCAUCUUUUUCCCAUUAUAAGUUUAGAUAUUCUCAUUAUGUCAUACAUAUUGAUACGGAUAUUUUUAUAUUAAUAAAUACUUGGUCAUGUGUCCAAUUGAAAACAUGGUGCUUCCAUAACAAUCUCAAAUGUGUGACCAUAUCAGAAAUAGGUGUUGUCUCCCUUAAAUUACUGUUGUCAUAGUUACCAUAUAUCUAUAUAGGUCUUUAUUGAAAUCCAAUACAAUUAACAUAUUCAUAACUCUUUACUAUUGUUCUUUAAAAGAACCAAGCUGCCAAAUUGACAGUCCUUAUUUUUGUGGUGUGUCUGUAAUUUCAUGUAUUAUAUAAUGCUGAAGUUUUUUCAUCUAUAAGACUUUUUAGAAAUUCAGUUUCUUCUUUUUUGACUUGAUAAUGUGUCGCGAAAGGUGUGAAAAAGGCAGAAAAUUUCCUUUGUUAGCUUGUAUCAUGCUCUCGGCACACGUAGCAUUAACAAAUAUAGAAGAUCCUUGUUAUUUUUUUGAGAAUAUGUACAUAUUGUUUUCUAUUCUUUAACAUUUAAGACACUGGUGAGGUCGUUAUAUUAGCCAAUACACUUACGAAUAAUCAAUAGGAAUAUUUCAAAAAUACGAUUGUUCUUUUACUGUUUGUUGGUGUUUGAUAUUGUUAGUGUCUUAGUGAAGGGUGGCAAAAUUGUCUGCUUUAUUGCUUUGUAAAUAAACAUCGAAUGCAUGGCACUCAUAAACCUUUACAUGAUCAAAACAUGACAGUGUAAAUGAUUGCUGUAACAGUUCAGUGGUUGUGGUAUGAAAACAAAUGCUUGAUCACUUUCAUAGGGACUGUGAUCAUAAAGGUAACAUCAUAACUGAAUGAUCACUGUUAUAUGAUCAAUAAUAUUUAUGUAUCAUGGUUAUUAAGAUGAUGGGAUAAUGAUUACUGUAAUGAUUGGAUCAUCAUCCAUGAUUAUUGUCAUGAUGGGAUCAUUGAUCAUGAUUACUUUAAUGAUGGGAUCAUUGAUCAUAAUUACUGUAUUGUAAUGAUGGGAUCAUUGAUCAUAAUUACUGUAUUGUAAUGAUGAGAUCAUUGAUCAUGAUUACUGUAUUGUAAUGAUGGGAUCAUUGAUCAUGAUUACUGUAUUGUAAUGAUGAGAUCAUUGAUCAUAAUUACUGUAUUGUAAUGAUGGGAUCAUAAUUACUGUAAUGAUGGGAUCAUUGAUCAUGAUUACUGUAAUGAUGGGAUCAUUGAUCAUGAUUAUUGUAAUGAUGGGAUCAUUGAUCAUAAUUACUGUAAUAAUGGGAUCAUUGAUCAUGAUUAUUGUUAUGAUGGGAUCAUUGAUCAUGAGAUUAUAAUUAUCGUCACUACCACUGUUAAGGCAAUUAAUGGUGUGAUCAUAGCUGUCACUACUACUAUUUUUUAGGUAAUUGUCAUGAUUAAACUUGCUGUAUUUAUUUCAUCUGUACAAUCCUGAAUCCUUCCACUGCUUCUUGUCUUCCAAGUAGUGUGCAUGUGUGUGUGUGUGUUUUGCCACAUUCAGUAUUUUCAUUCAAACCAUGGAAGUUUUUUCACACUUUUUCAUUAAUAUCACAAAGAAAUCGGAUAAAAUAGGAAAUGUUCUCUCUGUUAGUCUUACUGGACUUUAAAUGGAAA